AUGAAAGGUAAGAUGCAAAUUCUUCUCUCCACGCUUCUAGUUGUGACUUUGUGUGCCACUACUUUAGUGAAGCCGGGGCUUGCUCAACUCCCUACCAUUCCUGGCUCCCCAAUUGAUCUCGCAAAAUGCUGGUCAUCGCUCCUUAAGAUUCAAGGUUGCGAAAUCGAAAUCUUAAAAUCUGCAUUAACCGGUAAGUUUGAAAAAGUUGGACCAACAUGCUGUAAGGCGUUUGUGGAAAUCGAUGCAAAGUGUUGGCCAAAAAUGUUUCCAUUGAAUCCAUUCUUCCCUCCUCUUCUUAAAGCUGGUUGCUCUCGCAUCAACGCAGCUGCUCCCGCACUUGCAACAUCUAAACUCUCUAUUGUUCCUGGAUUUUCUCUUCCUGGUUCUCCGAUUGAUAUCACAAAAUGUUGGUCAUCAAUCUCUAGUGUCGAAGGCUGUGUGGCUGAGAUAUUCAAAUCAGUAUUCACAAGAAAGUUUGGUAAUGUCGGACCUAUGUGUUGCAAAGCGUUUUCGGACGUAGAUUCCAAGUGUUGGCCACACAUGUUUCCCUUACAUCCGUUCUUCCCUCCUCUUCUCAAAGAUACUUGUUCUCGCAUCAAAGCAGCUGCUCCUACGCACAAGUACUGA